UUCUAAAGCGCGCACUCACUCUUCCCUGCAGCCAGAUGACCGUCGACCGAAGUGUGUCUGUGUGUGUGUACGUGUGUUUGUGUGCGCGCGCGCGCGAGUGCGUGCGCGCGUGUGCGUGUACUGCUGCGCGCCCCCGGCACGAAAACGUCACGGCGCUCUUCUCGCGCGCUUGUUAAAAAGAAGGAGGAAAGCGCACGGGCAAACCAUGUGAGCGCUUCUGAGGACUUGCGGAAAAGAAGAAGGAACUUGUACUGUCUGUUUUCCUUGGUUUAAUUUUUUUCCUCAAUGCAUCAACAGACCGAGGGAUUACAAUUAUGAUUAUUAUCAUACGCAAGGGACGCCCGGGCUCUGCUUUUCUGGAUAAAUGAGUCCCUUUUUUUUGCUGUUUUCUUGGAAACGGCUCGUAUUUGUUAUUAUUAGAAGACAGACACCUGCAGCAUGCUUGUACUUGUAAAUGUAAUAAACUCCCACAUACACAGCGUUCUAAUAUAAGAGAUUGUUUUAUUAUUCGGUGUAUCCGCCUAUUUUUGGAAAUAUUGUGGAUUUAUUUGCUUGGAUCUUUCUGACUCUUCCUCCAAAGUUGUUUUAAAAACAAACAAAAAAACAAUGAAGCACUUGCAAUUCGUGCUGGUGCUGGCCAUCGCUGUCAAUGUUUGGGAGUGUGGCGACGCCAAAUUCGGACCCGAGCGCGGCGGCGAACUGAGCGCCAGGCGGCGACGCUGCUACGACGGCAGCCUGCCCAAGCGCCUCAAGAAGCGGGAGAGGAAAGUGCUCCUGGACGGCGGUGGUGGCGCUGGCUCCACGACCACCUCCGCGUCCACCGGCAGUGGAGGCGAAGUUUGCCACCGGCUCUACCCACGAGUGUCCUGCUGUCCCACCAGAAGAGCCGCAUAUCAGAUCGCGCAGCGCAGGGAUGCCCGGAUCUUCUCCACCAACAACACAGAAUGCGGCCGUCUGCUGGAGGAGAUCAAGUGCGCACGCUGCUCCCCCAACGCGCAAGUGUUGUUCCACCCAUCGGAACCCGGCAGGAUGCCACACAGGGAGCCCGACCUGCCUCAGCUCUGCCAGGACUUCUGCCGCGAGUUCUAUUACACCUGUCGGGGACACAUACCGGAAUUGUUCCAGGCUGACGUGGACGAGUUCUGCCAAUACUACGGCAGACGAGAUGGAGGCCUGUGCUUUCCAGAUUUUCAACGAAAGCAAGCACAGGGCCAAGAUUCCAACUACUUGGGCGAUGAGAAAAUGGAAGAUAUCAGCAGGAAACACAAACACAACUGCUACUGUGCCCAGGAGGUGUUGAGUGGUCUGCGGCAGCCUGUGGCCGUGGUGCAUUGCGGCGACGGUUCCCAGCGCCUCUUUGUCCUGGAACGGGAGGGAUUUGUCCGAAUACUCACCCAUGACCUGCAGCUGCUCAAAGAGCCCUUCCUGGACAUCCACAAGCUGGUGCAGAGCGGCCUGAAGGGCGGAGAUGAAAGGGGGCUGCUAAGCCUGGCAUUCCAUCCCAAUUAUAAGAAGAAUGGCAAGCUCUACGUCUCCUACACCACCAACCAGGAGCGCUGGGCCAUUGGGCCGCACGACCACAUUCUCCGCGUGGUGGAGUACACCGUCUCCAGAAAGGACCCAAACCAGGCGGACACCCGGACCCUGCGGGUACUGAUGGAAGUGGCUGAGCUGCACCGGAAACACCUGGGCGGGCAGCUGCUCUUCAGCCCCCAGGGUCUGCUGUACAUUGUUUUGGGAGAUGGGAUGAUCACCCUGGAUGACAUGGAAGAGAUGGAUGGACUCAGUGAUUUCACAGGGUCCAUGCUCAGGGUAGACGUAGACACGGAGGGCUGCGCCUCGCCCUAUUCCAUACCGCGGGACAACCCGUACUUCAACAGCACCAAUCAGCCGCCGGAAAUCUUUGCGCAAGGCUUACACGACCCAGGCAGGUGCAGCGUGGAUCGGCUCCAAACGGAGAACGGUAGCCUUCUCGUGCUCUGCACAGAUGCCAGCGGCAAAAACUCAACCACGGGAAGAAUAUUGGAGAUUCACAAAGGGAAAGAUUACGAGAACGAACCUUCCGUCUAUGACCUGCAGUCCAUUGGAGGAGCACCACUGGUGGGGGGUUUCAUCUACAGGGGUUGCCAGUCCAGACGAUUGUAUGGCAGUUACGUGUUUGGAGAUAAGCUCGGCAACCUGCGGAUUCUCCAGAAGUCAUCGAUAACUCCUUCGGAACCGAGCGACCAGUGGCAGGAGAAACCGCUUUGUCUAGGCUCAGCCGGCUCCUGCGGCUCCAUGCUGGUGGGACAUAUCCUGGGAUUCGGAGAAGAUGAAUUGGGUGAAGGCUACAUACUAGCGAGCAGUAAAAGCACGGUGCAGUCGCACAGCGGGAAACUCUACAAAUUGGUGGACCCCAAAAGGCCCCUCAUCCCCAAGGAGUGCCAGCGUCAGGUGGAGCCUCCCGAGCUGCUGAUGACAGCUUGUUCCCGACACUGCAAGAACGGCCACUGCACUCCCACUGGCAAAUGCUGCUGCAGCCCCGGCUGGGAGGGGCCCUUGUGCCGCAUCGCCAAGUGCGACCCAGGCUGCCGCAACGGAGGCGUGUGCAUGGAGCCCAACAAGUGCCUGUGCAAGAGCGGCUACUCGGGCGACCAGUGCGAGCAGAGCGAGCGGGGCAUGCCCAAUGACCAGGAGAAGGACGGCCUCCUGGACCACAUCAUCGACAUGACCUCGUACCUCCUGGACCUGACUAGCUACAUCGUAUAGAGAGACUCCGAUGGGGGAGGUGGGUGGCGUCCUCGUCGGCACCUUCCAUCCUCGCCCUACACGAAUCUACCUAGUGCCACUGGCCAACGACGUAUCCUCUUUUUUUUUUUUUUUUUGCCCACGCUGACACAUGAAAAAAAAAUCCAUCUCCAUCACAGCUGCCUUUACUCGACAUCACCGGACAUUACAGUUCCUUACUGGACGAUAAGCUACUUGCUCCCCCACCCCACCCGAGCACCAGGCCUGGGAUCCAAGUCUCGGAAAACGCCGAGCCAAGACGUUUUUUGCCUCUCUCUGGGACAAAUAUAAAAAUGUUUAAAAAACAGCGCAAAGGAGUGACAGUUUGUUUUGCCGUGAUGUCGUGGUGACUUUUGGAGACGAGAUUGCAUCCACAACCGUUGGACAUUUUCAGCGCGGGAUGAAGAGAGACGCUGGAUUGCUACCCCCAUGCUCCGCAUUCAUGACAAAACAUUUCAAACGCAAACACCUUUGCACAGUUGCAGUCCAACCUCCUAACGCUAGCCUCUUUCACACAGAGACCCUGCAAAAGGAGCAGCGUCAGAGCGGGUCGCUGUGACAGUGACACUUCACACUGGUCAACACAUUUUUACAACAUUCUUUAAUCAGAGAUGCACAUAAACAUUUCUAGUUGUUUGGGGCUUUUUUUGGGGGGAGGGGCUGAUUCCAAGUCUGCCCUUGUUUUUCUCUAGCACAUCAGGUUUUCGAUAAAAAGGAAAAAAAAUAUGUAAACGAUAUUUAGCAAUAUUUACAGAUUAAGGGUUAGGUUCAGCAACAGGUGGUAUUUUUUUUCCAAACAUGCUACAGCUUUAAACGACCAAUCGUAAAAUCUAUAUUGUGCAACCUUUCAUAGGUAAAACUUAAAAACAAAAAAAUGAAUAUAUGUCAAAAAACGGAUGUGUUCGGGAAAAAAAUGAUUUUUUUUUUUUAAUCUGUGUCAAAAAAUACAUUAAGUGACACAUAAAGCCAUCUCUGAUUAAAAUUUGAAUAAAACCUUUGGGGCCUUGAUGGUUGCUUUCAACGCAUCAGGGCGGGAGACGUAAGUUCCCCCUUCCAAACGGGCUGUGCCGCCUCUGUUACAGCUCUGAUACUACCCCCGAAGCCACAAAAUGGCCAGUUGAUUUCAUACAAGUCCCUGCAGGAACAAAUCUGCCCUUUUCCCGCGUUUGCCUUUCACACGGAAUCCAGCUAAGGUGGGGCAUGGCCCACAACUGUGUGCUCAAAAAUGUUACUUGUCAGGCUGUGUCAUUUGCUUUCAACACGACACGGCGAGUGUCGUGACUUUCAGUGAAGUGUUUCCAUUUGUGCUCUGUAAAACUUGUCACCGUCAUGACAGAUCAGUCAGGAUUGGAAAAUGUAGAAAAAUGUCGCCGUUUCAAAAAGGGCGGUGUCAAAGGGGCAUGUUGAAUGUCCGAACCACAAAGGGAAGAAAAGGAUGAGGUGGCGAAUGGCGAUGUAUAUUUCCUCUAUAGAGCUUACCCACUACUUCUUAGCAUUGCAAAAAUAAACCAAAAAAAAGUAAAUAAUAAGAAAAGUUUUU